CGUCGCUACGUUGCGUGCUCACAUCUUCACUUGUUUUCCCGCAGUCGGUGCACGAGGCGCGCGGAUCCAUCGCCUGAGGAGAGUGACCGGCAGCCAUGGCGUACGUGACAGUACCGGCGGCCACGGCGGAGAUGGACGGCGCCUUCUCUCAUCUCCGGCCGGGCUUUCGCUUCCACCCCACCGAUCAGGAGCUUGUCAGCUUCUACCUCCGGCGCAAGGUCCUGGGACACGGCGGCUGCUUCAUCCCGGAGGUGGACCUCUACAAGCUCCAACCCCACCACCUACCAGCGAUUAAGUUGAGUUUUCUUUCCAAGUCAACUAGUAUAUCUUGUCAAUUGACUUAUGUUCCAUGUGUUUUCACCUGCAUGCAUGCGCGCACAGGCAAAUCAUUCUCACCGAGCACAAGCGACCCUGGGGCCAAAGUUGAGUGGUACUUGUUCGCGCCGAGGGGGCGGAAGUACCCAACCGGGCUUCGCAUGGAACGGGCGACGCCCAGAGGGUUCUGGAAGUCCACCGGGAAGGACCGCCCCGUAAUGCACAAGGGCAUCGUCGUCGGCAUGAAGAAGACGCUUGUGUUCCACAUCGGCAAAGCACCUAGCGGCACACGGACCGACUGGGUCAUGCACGAGUACCGUCUCCACGGCCACCACAUACAGGUAUCUUCAUUUUUCUUCUUCUUUUGUUGAUAUAGUAAUUGAGCUCCACGCCUCACAUACACUUGCAUGAUUGAUUUGUUCAGGACA